AUGACUUCUACACUCUCGUUACGCUAUCUUCUAGCAUUACUUUUAACCUUAUCAGUCGUUUCUUUUGUCUCUUCUCAGCAAGGGGCUACCUGCGAUGCCGAAAACAAGUGCAAGGUGGGAUGCUGCUCUAAACAAGGCAGUUGUGGUUUUGGAGAUGAUUGGUGCGCGCCAAACAACUGUAUCGGUACUUGCAAUGCUACCGCCGAGUGUGGCCAGUGGGCGAAUCCGAAGGGCAAGGAGUGUCCUUUGAAGGUUUGCUGUAGUCGCUGGGGCUUCUGCGGGACAACUGAGGAAUUCUGCGCAACGUCAUCGAAUAGGAAUGAAAGCUGUCAGAGCAAUUGUGCUAAACCAGAGCGCAAGAAAUGCGCUUCGUCGUGGAGGAAAAGACGCAUUGCCUACUACGAAUCCUGGGCCGAUACCAGGGAUUGCGACUCCUUCAGGCCGGAAGAUAUACCCGUUCAUGCACUCACGCACAUUAACAUCGCUUUUGGAGGCAUCAGCAGCGAUUUCAAAGUCACGAUUGACAGCUCAGGGAUCAUAUCUCGAGUCGUUAAGCUGAAGCGUCAGAACCCAGCACUCCAGGUCAUUCUUUCCAUUGGCGGUUGGACAUUCACCGAUCCCGGCCCUACGCGAGACGCAUGGACGAACAUGGCUGCCAGUUCUUCUUCUCGAGAAACCUUUGCCAAGAGUGUAGUAGAGACCUUGGAGAAGUAUGCACUGGACGGCAUCGAUUUAGAUUGGGAGUAUCCUGAAGCGGAUGACCGCGGUGGCCAUAAAGCGGACUUCGACAACUAUGUCUACCUUCUCCGCGCCAUAAAAUCCCAAUUCGAUGAUCGCAAUCCUUCCUGGACGCUCUCCGUUGCAAUACCGGCUAGCUACUGGUACUUGCAGCACUUUGAUGUGAACAGCAUGCAGAGCGAAGUAGAUUGGUUCAAUAUGAUGACAUACGAUCAACGCGGGAAAUGGGAUCAGAACAAUCCGUGGACUGGACCAUAUGUUUUCGGCCAUACCAAUGUCACUGAGAUCGAGAGCGGCCUCGAUCUACUUCGGCGCAAUGAUGUCGACUUAUCCAAAGUCAACCUGGGGACAGGAUUUUACGGACGGACCUUCACCCUGGCUGACAGCAAAUGCAAUACGCCUGGAUGUGUCUUCGCAGAUGCCGGUGCAGCAGGCGAGUGUUCCGGUGAACGUGGUAUCCUUUCCUUUAAGGAGAUCAUGGCAAGAUCCAAACGUCUGAACGAUAAGAAGAUCGUGUACGAAAAUGCCACUGGAGUAACGUACAUGGUGUAUGAUGAUACACAAUGGAUUACGUAUGACGAUGCCAAAAGCUUCGCUAAGAAGCGAGAGCUUCUCGACAGCGAGUGCUUGGGUGGUGUCAUGAUAUGGGCCAUUGAUCAGGAUACCCCGGACUUCCAAGCACUGUCGGCACUCCUUGGAGAUGAGUUCGUGACAGGGGCUCUCAUAGAGGGGGGAACCCUUUCCGACGAAGAGAAGGAUGCUCUUGCUCAAGAGCUCGGAGGCCUUACUGGUGAUGGCUGCUAUGUCACGAUGGGUUGCUCCGGCCCCGGUAGCAGCGGCAAGUUUAAUACGUGCGCAAAAGGCGACAUCCCAAUCGAGCGGUUACAUGCCCCUGGCGGAGCGGCGGGAAAUGUUUACUCAACCGGAAACUUGGCUCAGGAGAUUGAGUCGUGUGCAAAAGGGCAGUGGAAAACAGUGUGCUGUUCGCCCAAGAGUCCAGCGGUCAACUGCAAGUGGGUUGGAGCUCCCGAGCGCAGUUCGUUCUAUUGCGAUGGUGGUUUCGAAGAGAAGACAUGCGGGGAUGGCCGUUACGAGUUGGUCACGGAUCAGUACACAACCUACGAGGGUGGUGCGAAGUGCGCUAGCGGAGCGCGAUCCUUAUGCUGCGAUGCUGCCUCCGAGCUUCAACAAUGUCAUUGGUCCGACUGCCAGACGGAGUUGAAGUGCCCCUCAGGCGGACCCCUCACCUACCGAGGAAACGAGGCCGGGGGUAAGCCAUGCCCCAAGGGGCAAUAUCAAUCUUAUUGUUGCCCUAUUGCGGGCAUAUAUCAAGACUGCCAGUGGAAACCGAACGUACCAACACCAGAGAAGAACAAUGGUCAAACCACGUACUUCUCAUCGACGAUGCAGCAGUGUAUGGAUACGAAGUGCCCCAAAGGCCAAGUUACCAUCGCCAAAGCCACCCUGCCAGAACGGCCAGCUGGCCUACCAGCACCCUGCAUGUCGUACAAUCCAGGAAUCGAACAUCUCUUUUGCUGCGAUCCUCUGAGGAACGUCACACUUCCAUUUGAUGUGAAAAAGAUCUUUCCGCAUCCUCAUGGGUUCGACGUUGUAUAUGAAUACAAGGACAACUACGGCAACAACGACCAUGAUCCGCACGGCCCGGAUGAGACUGACGUCGGCGACGAUCCCUAUGGAUUCGUUCUUCUCGACGGAGACGAGGGUGCCUUGCAGGGCAAUUUUCCCAGGGACUACGUAUUUGUCCAUGAUGACGACGGAACAGGCAAUCCUAUCAAACGGCGUGAGACCCUCACCCGUGACGAUCCAGAUCUCAUGGACUGGACCUUCGAGCACGAAGAAGGCACUCAUCUCGUCUACUGCCGGUCAGGACGCGAGGAGCAUUGUGAGAAGAUUUUUAUGGACAACGCAUACGAUACCAUUAUCGCUUUGCCACGACACAUUGGAUCAGGUCCAUUCGCACGUGUCGUUUCCAUGGACCCAGUCGACGAGACAGAAUUGCCACCAUAUCACAUUCGGAAACGCUCAGCAGCUGACCAUACCUCAAGGGUGUAUAAGCUUGUCUUCGAUUACCAUUUUGAAAACAUCCGGCGUGAGGAUCAAACCGUCAAUAUCCGAAUUGAUUACACUAACUUAGUUCCCUACUGGGACGAUAUGACUGGCACAGAGUCUCCCAAAGGGACUACCAAGCGUUCGCGCCAUGAGAAGCGAUUCUGGGGAGAGCUUACUGAUUGGCUCAAACAACUCACUCGUGUCCAGACAUCCGACCAAGGCAAGCUACCUAUGUCACUGCACAAGAGAAUGCUCCUGUACCGCAAGCGGGCACAGUGCGCAAGGGGCAACACCGUCUUGAAGGCUGGCUUGGAUGUCACGCUCGAUGCUAAAUUUGACAUGAACGCACGAUGGGCAUAUUAUGCCCAAGGUACCAUUGUCCCCUUGAACGUGGAGCAAAUCUACGCUUAUUUUGAGAUGGAGCCUGUAGCUCAAGCAACGCUGGAGGUUGAAGGCAAUGCAGAGAUCGAGUACAGGAUGAAGGAGCGUUUAAAGAUCAUUGAUACUCUAUCAUAUCCGGGUCUCGCUAUCAAAGGCAUCGCUGCUAUUGGGCCAACGUUGGAUGUCUAUGGCGAAAUGCGGGCCAAGGCAACUGUGGCCGGAAAGUUGAAAGCUGGCGCGAAGAUUACGUUCCCGAGAUACGAAAUAUACUUCCCACAAGUGAAAGAGGCGGAGGCAAGACAGAAAUUUGAUAAGCCUGCCGAGAGCGCGGAGCAAGGAUCGAAAGGAACAGACUUUGAACCAAUCCUUGAUGCUUCCGUGCAAGCAUCGGUUGGUGUUGACCUGUUAAUCACCCCAGAGGUCAAUCUGGGAAUUAAGGUUAACACACCCAGCGUCAAGGGUGACAUUGUAAACGCGCAGAUCGUUGGUUUCAUCAACAACACUUUCCGAUUCGAAGUGAUAGGGAAGGGACAAGGGGGCAUUGGGAACACGCCUGCAAUAUCAUACGAUAUCUUCAUCAAAUAUCUUUACAACUUUGGAAUUGGCGGAACAGCCACGUUCAAAUGGUUGGGUAAUUAUGCACUGAAGCCACUACAACUGUGGAACCAGGACAGAGAGAAGAUUCUAUAUGAGCACCACGGCCAAGUUUCCAUUGGAAAACGCAACCCCUUCAUCUCCGAUGGCGAGUACAAGGAUGACUUUUCUCCGCUCUACAAUUCGACGUACUGGUUCGACGAAGACUGGCACUCCACCAGAGGUGCCUUGUCGCCCCUCCAGAGGCGCGAAGAGGGGGAGGAAGCCAGCGCUCUAAACGAAAAGGCAACCAGCUUCUUCACUUGCAACGACGGUGGUCAAUGCCCAAGCGGGGCUUGCGCUGGUGAUGCAUGCCAAUGGGUUCCUGGCAAAAAGCCUCCAUCCUCCAGAACACGCCGAGCUGACCCCGAGGAGGGCGAUCCAAUGGAUACGGACCCAGUCGUCCCUUGUAUGAACAGUAUACCCGCCUUCAUGUACAACUGCAAAUUCUUUGUCGACGAAGACCUUGGUCAUUGGAAUGGUCCAUUCCCGGGCAUCUGUACGAACAUUAUGAACUUCUUCACAUCUCAAGGUCUGGGCUCCGGCCCGUUCACUGGAAGCUUCAGCGAUAGUGGGAGCUCCGGCGAAGGCUCGAACCGCGAGAAUGUUUGCGGAUCCAGGUCCACGCACACGCACAUCUAUACGAACGCGAAAGGCGAACAGAAGACCGUUACGGAAACGUGGUCCGAUCGAUGUAUAAGAGAGUCGAAUGAGUUUGCUACCGCAACAUCGAGAGAUAAAGGCGAACCGGGUAACAGAAAUUGGCUUAGUUGCGACGAAUUCCCCUUCAACUCAUUGAAUGAAGGCGGCAACAGCAUAACCAAUUCCCGCGCCUGUGUCCCUGGGUAUGAGCAAGAAACCCAAGGAACGAUAAAUGGUCUACCGCGACGCAUAUCGCAGACAGUGACUUGGGCAGACUCGGCAGGAAACGAGAAGUCUGCCUCCAAGCCGUGGACCCAGGAUUGGCUAGGUGCCAAUGCUUUGUAUGGUUCGGGUGGCAGACAAGGAUCGCCCAACAAGGAUUCGGCUUGGAACUGGGCCUAUAACAAUCGCAAAGACUUCACUUUCCACCUUUUCAACUCGGAUACGACCACGACACCCCAAGGAGGAUCGUAUCAAGUCUUUAAUCACCAGCUCAAGUCCGGAGACAUCGCAACUGUGGUUGGCGCCUUCAAUCUUAUGGACAACCCGAAGUACAGUAUUGCCGGAGGAAAAAAUGCCUACUGCACGACGGGAGGAACGAGAAGUCAUGACCUGUGGGGCACAGCUGGCGGCCGUUUUGUUAGGGUAACCUUGUGCACUGUUGAGUUUGACAAUGCUGCCGCUGCCUCCAAGAUCAAGAGAGGCGAGCAGCCCACCGAGGAGGAGAUGUUCAAGAUCAAAAAUAUUGAGAUAGCUGAUGACGAGGAAGAAUUCGAGAUACCGAUAGGAGGCUUCAGCCAAGAGCCCGGUGCCGAGGCCACACACAGUGUGGCUGAAGAGGGCUUGAGCACAACGGGUGAACGGCAACAUCAUCAUAAUCACUACCACCGGCAUGCACACAUUCACCGAUCCGGGUAGUCAAGAGCGUGCCUUGCAGAGACGCUGAGCUUACGGGUGGUACUGGGUGAAUCGAUUUGGGAGAUCACGACUUG